AUGGCCAAACCAGCUCUGUUCCACAUUGCUGCGAGUAUCAUUAGGAGUUUGGGAUCUCUUGCUCUCCAAGAGAUUGGACUUCUAUGGGGUUUCAAAGAUGAGCUUCAAAAGCUCAAGAACACGGUUUCCACUAUCCAAGCUGUGCUUUUGGAUGUGGAGGAGAAGCAGACCCACAACCAUGGGGUCAAAGAUUGGCUUGGGAAGCUGAAGGAUGCCAUGUACGAUGCCGAUGACUUGCUGGAUGACUUCUCCACUCAACUUCUACGAAGGCAAGUGAUGACACGGGACAAGAAGGUGGGUAAAGAGGUGCACAUAUUCUUUUCCAAAUCGAACCAACUUGUAUAUGGCCUUAAAAUGGGUCAUAGGAUCAAGGCAGUUAGGGCGAGACUGAAUGAAAUUGCAGAUGAUAAGAUCAAAUUUGGCUUCACUGAGCGCCUUAUAAUGACACAUGAGUUUGAGCAUAGGAAAAGAGAAGACAUACACUCUUUUGUCCCCGAGGAACAAGUCAUUGGGAGAGAGGGUGAAAAGAAGCCAACACAAGAACUAACAGAGUUGUUAUUGGAUCCCAAUGUAGAAGAGAACGCUUUUGUCAUUCCCAUAGUUGGGAUUGGUGGACUAGGUAAGACCACACUUGCUCAGUAUGUGUUCAAUGACGAUGAAGUCAAAAGACAUUUUGAGCUAAGACUCUGGGUGUGCGUCUCUGAUCCUUUUGAUGUGAAAAUUAUUGUUGCACAACUCAUAGAAUCUGCAACUAAAAGGAGCCCUGAAAGCCUUGAGAUGGAUUUGUUACAAAGUCAGCUUCGAGUAGAAAUUGAUAGGAAGCUAUAUUUACUUGUUUUAGAUGAUGUAUGGAGCGAGAAUCGCGGUACAUGGUUGAACUUGGAAACACUUUUAUCUGGUGGCCUGAAGGGAAGCAAAGUUUUGAUUACUACACGUAGCAAACGAGUUGCAGAGAUUACAGGCCCAGUGUCGCCGUAUCUUUUGGGAGGUCUAUUUGAAAGCAAUUCUUGGAAUUUAUUUAAGAAAAUGGCAUUUAAAGACGGGGAAGAGCCAAAAAAUCAAAAGCUAAUAGAAAUUGGAAGGGAUAUCGUGUUGAUUCAUCUAUGGGCGGCUCAAGGCUUUCUUCAUUCGUCAUAUGGAAACAGACAUCUUGAAGAUAUUGGUCGCAAGUAUUUUAUGGAUUUGCUUUUGAGGUCAUUUUUCCAAGACGUACAAAGAGAUGGAUUUGGUAAAAUAGUAAAGUGCAAAAUGCAUGACCUUAUUCACGAUCUUUCACAAUCAAUAACAGGUGAGGAGUGCACAAUUUUAUAUCCAAAUGGAGAAAACGUAGUUGGAAGAACUCGUUAUGUGACAUUUCAUUCUUCAGAUUCAUUACUGGAUAUUCCCACUCUUUUGCCCAAGGCUAAAAAAAUGAGAAUACUUCUUCUAGGAAUUCCAAUACUUCCAGGAUUUGUUGAUCUGUUUAACGUGAACAUUGCGGGUUUAGAGCACUCGAGAUCUUCUCCAUCAGAAGCAAAGGAUGCAAACUUGGAGAGGAAACGACAGCUUCAACAUCUGAUAUUAGAGUGGAACCCAGAAUAUGGUGAUGGAAGUGAUAAGGCAAUUGCAAAUGAUGAACAACAGUUGCAAAAUCUUCGGCCACACCUAAAUUUGAAAUCAUUAUAUAUUAUAGGGAAUUGCCCUAUGAUGUCCCUAACAAGACCCUCCUCUUCCUCUCCCCUUUCCGAUCUCUCCAAAUUGAAGUAUCUUUAUCUCAUGGAAUUAGAGCAACUUGAAUAUGUGCCACUAGAGUGGUUGCAAAACCUCACUUCUCUUGAGACCUUGAAGAUUUGGAAUUGUUGUAAAACCAUGUCUCCACUAUUUCAACAUCUCACCUCACUUAAAAAUCUGUGUAUUUUUCGCUGCAAAGAACUUAUCAGCAAUAAGAAUGAAGAUGGCGCACAUGGCCUUGGACCUACAAGAUUUGGUCAUCUAUCUAUUGUAGGCGUUCCAAAUUUGGUUUCUCUCCCAAGAGAGCUUAGAGAUGUUACCACUCUACAAGGGCUUCAAAUUAUGGAUUUCCCUAGUUUGGUGUCUUUUCCGGAGUGGAUAGGUGAUCUCACUUCACUUCAGGAGCUUGGAGUCGUAAAUUGUCUCAAUUUAAUAUCACUGCCCGAAGGUAUGUGCCGCCUCACCGAGUGUCCUUGGUUGGAGGAAAGAUGUGAACAAGGAAGGGGAGUGGAUUGGCCAAAGAUUGCUCACAUCCUAAACUUUCGAAUUGGUGGAGAUGGUCAUUGUAAAGAAUGGACAGCAAACCAAAGUCACCAAUUUCUUGAGGAACAAAGUAAGAUUUUACAUAUGGACGCUUCUUCAGACCUUGCCAACAAUCAGAUUUGUGCAAAGCUCUAA